UUAUUUUAUUUGUCCAUCAAGUAAAUAAACACUGUAAUAUCACAGUUUGUUUUCCAAUCUUUAAUCUUUAAUAGUUAUUUUUGUGUUUUUCUUUUUGUUUUACAUUGAGUUAUUAUUUAUUUAUACUUAUAAACUAAGAAAUCUAAAAUCUAAAUAGGAAAGGAUUUACCGUGAUAAAAAUUAACUAUAUUUUGUUACGAUAGAUUAUGACUGAUGAAAUGUCGUUACCCGAUAUUAUGAAGGAAAUAAAAAGGCAAUAUAGAAAGACACAAAAAAUUGAAAAAACUAUUGAAUUGAAAAAUCAAAAAUAUUAUGAAAUGAAAGUCAGUCUUAAUAGGCUAAACAUACAAAUAGAAAAACAAAGUUUGUUUAAAAAAAAGUUAAUGAAUGAAAUUAAUAGUUUUAAAAAAACAAAAAAAGAAUACGAAAAUGAAUUAAAUGAUGCUUUAUAUAAUAACAGAAUAAUUACUUCAAAGAUUAAUUAUCAAUUUGAAGAAAUACAAAGAUUAUUGGCUGAAAAAGAUGAUAAAAAUGAAUUCCUUGAUCAGCAAAUGAAAAUCACUAAUUGCACCAAUAAAACAACUACGCUUUUGUUAAAGGUAUUAGUUAAGAGAUUGGAAAGUGAAAAUGAAGACAAAUAUUACAAAUCAUUAUGCAAAACUUUUAUGAUACAGGAUAUUUUAUCCAAUAACAUUAAUAUUGAAAAAACGAUUAAGUUGACGGAGGACAACAUUAGUUUGAGCGAAAAAUAUCAUAUUUCCAAGAAAGAUCUAAAAUCGGUACUAGAUAACGUCGAAGCUUGUAAAUACAAUUAUGGGUCAUAUUUUGACGAAUUCUACAAUGGAGCAGAUAAAACUGAAAUACUGAAGUUGAUAAUGUCAACCUUCAAUCAAUUAAUUACUAAUGGAUAUAUGUGCUAUUGGAAAUCAAUGACUAAAGUACUAAAGAAAAAUGCAGACCUCUGGACGACGCCAACACAAGAUUCAUUUGGAAUGCAUUUUAAAUUCAAUUUUCCGUUCGACUGUGUUGACAAAAAUAAAAAUUUAAUUACAAAUCAUAAUCAGAUAGAUAACGGUUUUAAGUCUUUACAUUAUUAAAAUAACUGCUGUCUAUAGACUCUUUUAAUGAAUAUUAUGUUGCAGUAUUUGUCGGAUGUAAAGUUAUUACUACGCCGUAUAUAUUAGGUUUCUUAUGUUCACCAAUAAUUGUUAUAAAAUAAUUAAUAAUAUUUUAUUUUAAAUUGUAUUUAUUUAUUGUUGAAAUUUACAAUGUAGAAUUAUUUUUAUAAUAAAUAUUAAACCAU